AUAUUUUGGAAUGUUAGAAGGGUGAAUGUGAAAAAUUGGAGGUUGGGGAUCUAAUUACCCAACCGUAAUUGGGGGCUGGGGAAUAAGUUUCAGUCCUCUCAACUCACCACAGAUCAAUUAUGUUAAGAGAACAUCUGUAAGUAGAACUUAAUGAGGUCCAUUAGAGCAACAUGUACAGCCUCCUCUAACAGUACUUGUCAGCUUCUUGGAUGAGCUGAAGGAAGCUGCUAACUAGGGACCUGGUUAGGUGCUUAAAUACUGGAGGAAAAGAAGCUGGCCCACUCAGGUUUUGUGCUCAGCUCGAGAAGAGAGAGACAGGUGGCCCUUUCAUCCUUGCUGUCGUGGUUAGAAGGAACAAGUAACUGGUUCUGCCAUCAUCCCCAUGAAAAGAAAUUUGUUCUCUCUCUCUAUCUUCCCUGGAAAUUGAGUUUUUUUUUCAGAAGAGGAAGAAACAGCCUAACACUUAAUUCUCGCCUCAACAACACUGUUUAGUGUUUCUAUUUGUGAAUGUAGGAUUUCUGUUUGAUUUUAUUUUGAGGCAAAGGAAAGACCUCAAAUCAACGCAUUAGUGUGAAGCAAUUUUUUUUAAAAAGUGAAAACUUGACUGGUCUUUUUCUUUGAGCCCCGCUCAGCAGUGAUUUGAAAUAAGGUAUACAAAUGCUCUCAGCUCAGCCAGACACCAAGCCGAAGGGUUGUGCUGGCUGCAACCGGAAGAUUAAAGACCGCUAUCUCCUGAAGGCGCUGGAUAAGUACUGGCAUGAGGACUGCCUGAAAUGUGCCUGUUGUGACUGCCGCCUCGGAGAGGUGGGUUCAACACUGUACACCAAGGCAAACCUCAUCCUCUGUCGCAGAGACUACCUGAGGUUGUUUGGUGUGACGGGGAAUUGUGCAGCAUGCAGCAAGCUGAUUCCUGCCUUUGAGAUGGUAAUGAGAGCCAAGGACAAUGUUUAUCACCUGGACUGUUUUGCUUGUCAGCUCUGUAAUCAGAGGUUUUGCGUGGGAGAUAAAUUCUUCCUCAAGAACAAUAUGAUUCUGUGCCAGACAGACUAUGAGGAAGGUUUAAUGAAAGAAGGCUACGCUUCCCAGGUUCGCUGAUCCCACAGCCACAUGUGUCAAAUUAGUUUUAAGCACUAACUUCUGUAUUGUUUACUCAACAUGUAAAUAUGAAUUGAAACAGGAACUAAUAGAAUAGACCUACAGUACCCCGAGCUGGUGGCCAUGUUUGGAAUAAAGAUGGGAAGAGAAACCGUAUAUAGUCAUUUUGUUCCUGUUCUACAUUGAAUGUCUUCUAGACCGACUGUAUAUAUUGAGCUUUGUCAUGAGGGAAAACUAUUCCCCUUUUUUUUGUUUGCUGCUUACAGUUUAUAACUUUGUUUGUGUCAUUUGGCAUGAGAUGUUCAUUUUGGAUGACUCUUGUACAUACUAUAUUGUAAUAUUUGAAGCACAAA